CACUGCAUUUGCUCCUCAGACGCGGGCUUGUUCGCAGCUAUGGCCGAUGCUGAGGCGAGCGCCACGAUGGCGGACGAAGCCAAACCUGACGCGAAGACUUUGCAGAUUCUGCGGGACAUGGCCAAUCGCCUGCGCAUCCAUUCCAUCAGGGCCACCUGCGCCUCGAGCUCUGGCCACCCUACAUCAUGCAGCAGUGCUGCUGAGAUCAUGUCUGUGCUGUUCUUCCACGUCAUGAGGUAUAAACAAACGGACCCGAAGAACCCAGACAAUGACCGUUUCGUCCUCUCCAAGAGACUCUCAUUUGUUGAUGUGGCAACUGGAUGGCUGGGACAAGGACUGGGGGCUGCAUGUGGGAUGGCGUAUACUGGCAAGUACUUUGACAAGGCCAGCUACCGAGUGUUCUGCCUCGUGGGAGAUGGCGAGUCCUCGGAAGGCUCUGUCUGGGAGGCCCUGGCCUUUGCAUCCCACUACAGUCUGGACAAUCUUGUGGCCAUCUUUGAUGUGAAUCGCCUGACCCACAGCACCACUUUGCCUCUCGAGUACUCCAUAGAUGUCUAUCAGAAGCGCUGCGAAGCCUUUGGUUGGAAUACUUUGGUGGUGGAUGGCCGUGAUGUGGAGGCACUGUGCCAGGUGUUCUGGCAGGCAGCUCAAAUGAAGAACAAGCCCACAGCUGUGGUUGCCAAGACCUUUAAGGGCCGGGGCAUUCCAAGUGUUGAAGAUGCAGAAAAUUGGCACGGAAAGCCAAUGCCAAAAGAAAGAGCAGAUGCAAUUAUCAAACUAAUUGAGAGCCAGAUAGAGACCAACAAGAGUCUCGAACCAAAAGCCCCUGUUGAAGACUCUCCUCAAAUCAACAUCUCAGAUAUAGAAAUGACCUCUCCACCUGAUUAUGAAGUCAGUGAUAUGAUAGCUACUCGGAAAGCAUGUGGUUUGGCUCUGGCCAAGCUGGGCCAUGCAAACGACAGAGUUAUUGUGCUGGAUGGUGAUACCAAGAACUCCACCUUCUCUGACAUAUUCAAGAGAGAACACCCUGAGCGCUUCAUCGAGUGUUUUAUUGCUGAGCAAAACAUGGUGAGUGUGGCGCUGGGAUGUGUCACCCGUGGUCGCACCGUGGCUUUUGCUUGCACCUUCGCUGCCUUUUUGACCCGAGCCUUUGAUCAGAUCCGGAUGGGAGCCAUCUCGCAAACCAACAUCAAUCUUAUUGGGUCCCACUGUGGGGUGUCCGUAGGUGAAGACGGCCCCUCCCAGAUGGCCCUGGAGGACCUAGCCAUGUUCCGAGCCAUUCCAAACUGCACGAUUUUCUAUCCAAGUGAUGCCAUCUCGACAGAGCAUGCUAUUUUCCUGGCGGCCAAUACCAAGGGGAUGUGCUACAUUCGAACCAGUCGGCCAGAAACUGCAAUUAUUUACACCCCACAAGAAAGCUUUGCGAUUGGACAGGCCAAGGUCAUCCGUCAAAGUGUAAACGACAAGAUUAUGGUUGUCGGAGCUGGAAUUACUUUGCAUGAAGCCUUAGCUGCUGCUGAUGAUCUUUCCAAGCAAGAUAUUUCUAUCCGUGUCAUUGACCUGUUUACUGUUAAACCUCUGGAUGCUGCCACCAUCAUCUCCAAUGCAAAAGCCACAGGUGGCCAAAUUAUCACAGUGGAGGAUCACUACCCAGAAGGUGGUAUCGGGGAGGCCGUCUGUGCAGCCGUCUCCUUGGAGCCUGACAUCAUGGUCCAUCAGCUGGCAGUGUCAGGGAUCCCUCGGAGCGGGAAGCCCAGUGACCUGCUGGAUAUGUUUGGAAUCAGUUCCAAACACAUCAUAUUGGCUGUGGAACGAAUUUUAAUGAAAUAGCUUAGCUGUUGGCUUUGACCAACAGAUUGGCUUAUUUACCUUACCUUACAUUUAUGCUUGUUGCCAAAUGAUCACUUAAAUCUAUGUUAUUGUGCUUUAUUCUUUUUAAAAACAGUGCAAGUUAACUGCUUUCUUGUUAAGCCAUAACUAUGUAUACGUGUAUAACUCUUACCUUUGAAUCAUUAAAGUGGAUUAUAAGAUAAAGUUUGAAGUGACAGAAUAGCUAACAAAACAACCACCUGAUAGCAAGUUUUCUGAUGAGACUAGAGAUAACUGGGGUAGAGACCAACAUAAGGUAACAGUUUCUUAAAUGUGUGCAUUUUCCUCAUAAGUUAAAAAAAUGUGAAUUGAAUUGUAGACUGCAGUCGCCCAAGUUGGGCAGUGUUAUACCACCAUGCUGCCCACUGAUGGCCCAUGCAUGAGGUCAGGUGCUGCUAUCCUACCUGUAGCCUUCCAGGUACUGUGUGACUGCAGUUGAUGGGGAAUUUCCUCUGGUGUUUGCCUUCAUCCCUCCUCUCCCGUGCAGAGGCUGUGGAGCAGCAGUGAAAGCUCUUAGGAUGUCCUGUGCUGUUUGAAGUGACUGUUCUGUGAAGAGAGGACACGACUAGGUCUGACCUCCACACUGUGCUCUCUGGUCAGAUCUCAGGAAUGUCUUAUUUACCCAAUGACAAAGCCAAACUGUUAGCUCAAUUGUACUCAUCUACUGACAGUAUUAAAGUUGACGUUAAUAAAGCAAUGAAGAACUGGCUAGCUG